UGCAUGUUUAAUGUGCACCGUUAAAAAAAGCGUGUAUCAAUGUAAUUUUAACCAUGCGCAGAGAUGAUUCUGUAGGUUAAUAUACCAUUUUGCAUGUUUAAAAAUGCCUCCAAAAAAGCCGCCAGUUAAACCGGUGCCAGCCAAACCCAAAGUCACGCCUACCCAGAAACCAGCAGCAAAAUCGACAACUAAAAAUCAGACUGGACCCAAAAGCCAACAGUCUAAACCAGCACAGGUCAACAACAAACAGCAGAGUAAAGCUGCUCCUGAGAACAAUGAAGUCACGAAAAUAGCUGAAGUGAAAAAAUGGACCAAAGAAGACGAGGCUGCCAGGACUAUUCAAUGUGGAUGCAGACAGUUUGUGGCCAGAAAAGAGCUGGAAAGGCGUCGAAAACAGAAGAAAGAUUAUGAAGAAACCAUGGAGCGCCUAGAAAAAGAAGCGUUCGUGGCUCUGGUUCGAAUGGAACAGGAGCGGCUGAGGAAGGAGCAGGAGAAGGAGGACGAAGAGAGGCGGAGGAAGAGGGAGCAGAAGAAGAGGGAGGCCAGGAUGUUGGAGGCCGCAUUCGACGGCGACAAUGACGUCAUCAAAACUGUACUCGCUGAGGUCAGCGAAAUGGAUGACCAAGCGGGUAUACUGAAAGAGGGCUUUGGGGGGUACUUGAGAAAGAGACAUCAGCUGGAGAUGGUGGACUGUAGAGAUGCCAAUGGGAACUCCCCCCUCUCCGAGGCAGCUGCGGGGGGACAUCAGAGUACUAUCCUCAUGUUGACGGAGAAGGGUGCGGAUGUGAAUAGUCGGGGUCAGUUUGAGCGCACACCCCUCUACCGUGCUGCGUUCGCUGGAAACUUGGCAGCCGCGCAAGUACUUCUGACGCAAGGCGCCGAUCCCAGACUGUACGCGAGUGACGGGAUGCAACCGCAACACGUGGCAGCCUCUGACGACAUGAAGAACCUUCUAGAAGAGUGGGACAUCUCUGUGACGGAGAGACUGCUGGAGAGUCUUCAGGCGGAGAUCGAGAGGAGGAGGAGGGAGGACAAGGCCACUUGUGAAUCACACACUGACAAAAUGCAAAGUGAGGUUGACAAGGCUCAGAAGAUUUAUCAGUCCUGCCAGAAACAGCUUGAAAAUGCGCUCUGUGAGCUGAACAGACGAAUAUACGAGCAUGACAAAUGUGUCAGAAAACAUCAGGAGAAAAUUCACAUCACGCUCAAGGCGAUCGAGGAUGCACAGGAAAAAGUUGAUGAGAAACAAGUGGAGACAGACAAGGCCAAAGACAGACUGGACAGAGCUAAAGUGUCCUUAAGAGAGCAGAAAAGAACUAUCGCACAAGCAGAGAGAAUGGACUCUGGGCUGGAUGCUCCAGAUCUUCCGGGAGAGAAAGUUGCUGUGCGAGAACUGGACGAUGUUCUACUCCGGGAUGUCGGCAACAAAAUUGCAAGCAACCCUAAGUGGCCCCUGCUGAUAGACAUGAAGGGCCAGGCGUCCACUUUUCUGAGGUACAGAGACACCAACUACCUCAUGGCUCUCUCCCCCCAGGACAUGGAGACAGAGUCGCUCCGAAUGGCACUCCUAGGAGCACUGAGAUUUGGGAAGCCGUUCGUGAUUGAUAUGAUGCAAGUGGAGAUGUUAGACACGGUAUGCGACAGACUCAACGAGAUAGGAAGCAGCUGCCCCGAUAACCCAACUGGUGGAUCAGAAGACACCACUGUGUCCCAGAUGCUCAUUGACAAGACCAUAGCUAAACAAGAAAACUUCAGAUGUUUGCUGCGUGAAAAUGACUCGAAAGAAUACAAACUCAGUAAUUUCACCGAGGACAAAUUGUCGAACUUCAAGUUUUUCCUCAUUACCAAAUUAUCCCAACCGUCAGAAACCCUUUUGGAAAAGUUCAACCCUCUCAGGGUUCAUAUCCCAGGUGCAGAUGCGUUUGCGGACAUUGACUGAACAAAUUGACACUUUUACAGUGAAAUUAAAACGAUAUUUUGACAAAAUACAAUUUAGUAAUAGAAAAAAAACUGA